AUGGACAUCUUCCGAAGAUUGACGAACCCUACUCUCAAGAAGCUGUACAGAUUCGUGCUCAAGCGGCUGGUAGGCCGAUUCCUUGACGAUGAAAUCGCCCUAGAGCAACUCGAUGUACAGCUCGGAGCUGGCCGGGUUGAGCUCACGGACCUGAAGAUAAACGUGGUCGCUCUGGAAGAACUUCUGCCACCGGGCCUGUCGUUUCGCCUAGCACAUGCUCAUGUCGGAACGUUACGAAUAGAGAUCUCGUACAGCAAGCUGCUCACGGAAAGCCUGGCCAUCUUCCUGGACGAUGUCCAGAUUGAGGUAUCACCUCCUCUCUCGGAGGCAAUCACGGCAAGCCCCCCGGGUGCAAGCGUCGAUGCUGAAGCGCAAGAAUCUAGACAAGCAAGCGCGGCGGCAAUAAAGGCUCGGCGAGAGGGUUUAGCUGCAGGGGCAGCAGGUCCGGGGAUGGAUGCAACGCAGAGUCCGCUAGCCGACCAGGAUCAACUUGGCUUCGGCGAGUCGGGCGAGCGCUUGGACUUUCUGGCCAAGUGGAUCGAGCAGAUCACGUCCAAGGUCAAGGUUGUUGUGAGCGACCUGACUGUGAGAAUCAUGGCUGAAGCCCGGGCGGAACGUGGUCAUACGGGACAGCCCAGUAGCGGCGGAGGCAAAGACAGCAUGCCGUGUUUGAAGUUGCGAUGUAGCUCGCUCAAGUGGUGGGACGAGACACCCGAGGUGUCGUCGUUUAUGGCCGACCAGAGCGCUUCUACAGGAGGCAACCGGGUCGAAGGGCCUGGCAAAGUGAACGGCGGAACAGCAGCUGUUGUACACAAGCGCUUGACUCUUGGUCAAAUGGUUGCCGAGUUUCAGAGCGGUCAACGAGGACAGAAGCUUGAAGUGGUCAGGAUCGGUGGUACGGGAUGCGUCUUGAUCAAGCAAGGCAGAAAGCCGCAGCUAGGAUCAGCGCCGGCAGACGUGGUGUUGGACGUGGAUGUCUCACUACGUCACGCAGACAUCACGCUGGGCAUGGACGAGUGCACGGGUUUACAUGCGCUAUCAUCUGCGUACCUUGCCCGUAUCGAACAACCUGCGGAGCAUGUUGUCACAGAAGUAUUGGACACUGCCGUUGCACCUAAGCCGGUCAAGCCUCUUUUCCGCGAAGAUUUCUGGUACUUCGAGGGCGACAACGACACUGGUUCAGGAGAGCUGAACUUCGACACCCUCUCGGGCCUGCUCGAGCAGUACGCAGAGGCACGUGCUCGGCUGACGGAGGCUGAAGGCUACGGCCAGGGAGUCUUCGGUGCGGGCUCAUACUUGUCGUUGGGGCAUAGCGAUGUUUUUUACGACUGCGAGGAAGGGAGCGACGACGGCAACGGGGGAAGUGGGGCGCGGGCAGACCGGCACGGUUCGAUGAAGUUCCGUAUGCGCACGACAGGCCUCGACAUCACGCUACUGCUCUCCCAAGAGUUGAUGGGCCCUCUGGGGGGGAGUAUUGCCAGCGCAAGCACAAGCGCGCGCUACGUGCGCCUCCAGUUGAGACGAUUGAGCCAGACGCUGCAUUGCGCUGGGAGUUGGAUGUAUUCAGUGUCCGAGGUUGGCACCUUCGUCACCGACUGGAAAGACGGGAAUGACUCGUGCGUGCGGGUGAUGGAGGUUUUGGGCGCAGCUGAUUCGUCCCCUUCUGUGCAGAUAAGUUGCACCAUGGGAGAAGGAGCUGAGCCACUAGGGGGAAAGAAUGUAGCCGAUAGCGAGGAUGUUGCCCUCGAAGUCCGUUGCCUGGAGGUGGCUGCGGUCCUGGACCCACGACUUGUGAGCUAUAUUAGCCUUUUCCUGGCGCAGGUCGAACUACGGGCAGAGCGGGCUGAUGACACCAAUGGAGGUGGCGGGAAUGGUCAGGGCGUGGGUGUGCCGUCGAGUGGUAGCACUCGCGACCCGCGCGUUGCAGUGGCUGUGGCGGUGCCUAAGCUGACGGUUCGGGUCCCGGCAGACCCGAGCACUUGCUCAUCAGACGCACACGCUGCUCUGGUCAAAAGCCUUCAGAAAGGUUCCAGCCCCGUUGGGUGGGCCCCGCGGGAAGAGGUCCCCGGGGACGCGGCACCGAUGCUUGUGGUGGAGGUUGAAGGCGUCGAGGUUCGACUUGCCUUUGGUGCAUCAAGAACGCAACAAACCGUGCUUGAAUGCACCCGAGUGGCGUGCCAAAUGAUCCUGGUCGGCGACGACGGUUCAAGACAUGGUGGACGUAAGGGGCGGCUGAUGAAGCUCAAUUUCCUCGAGGCAUUCCGUUCCACUGCUGAAACCACCUUGAGGGUGGAUUAUGGCCUUGCGAAAGACGUAAGGAAGGCAGGGCAGCUGGAUCUGGCGCGGCCUGGCGACGCGGGCCUUAAUUUCCUGCAUACGUGGGAGCCAAAUGAUGGCGUGGAGGGCGGCUUGGACGACCCCCCCCCCUCCGGACGCUUUGGUGAGGGACUGCAGGAUGGCAAUUGCGACGCCCCCGAGGGGGGUGAGUCCUCGGCGCGCAUCUUGCUUUGCGUUCUACCCCGUCUGGCGGUGGAGUUGUCGCGGUUGGAAGUGGUCGUUCUGGCCGACAUUUUGGGUGGGUUAGCCCCUCCCUCGGAAGGAGGGGCCGGCGCGAGUCCUGUGGAGGAUGUGGGCACAUCACCCGUCCCUUCGCUGGAGGUUGUGGUGGAGGCGCGUGGCGCGACGGUUGUGUUGCACGAGGCAGCAGCAUUCGCAGAGGAUCCUGGCCCGCAUUCGUUCGUCCUAAGUCUAGGGGAUGCGUGCCUGCGCACGGGCGGCGGCAGCGAGAAGUCGAUCGACGGGAGUCCUGCUCCGCUCGUGACAGUGUUGGCUGGAGACGUGUGUGUGCAUGAAACUUUGCGCUGCUCCCCUGAGGAUCUUUCUAGCAUGUCCGGGAAAGGACGGCUAAAUGGGCCCCUUCUUUUCCUGGCUGGCAGAGACGAGUCAGCCUACCCAAUGGUGGAAGACCUGCCUACACUAGGAUUUGUUCCUGUCCUGUACCAGACGAAGUGGGUCAAAGGGACUUCUCCUAUCGCUGCCGAGCUUGUGCUAGGAGUAAGCGAGCCAGGGGCAGCGUUCAAAACUAUUACAGCAACACUGAACCUGUAUGAUGUUUCCUUGAGGCAUACAGUGGCCUCCAGCUGGCUGCCUCGCCUCUUGGGCUUGGUGGUCGGAGAUGUGCCAGCGGGGCGAGCGGUUUCUUCGAACUGCUGCAAAGCAGGCGCUGGCGUUGGCGCGAAUGAGAUCGGGGAAGCAGGUGGCGGGAGCUUGACGAAGAUGUUCAUCACGGUGUUCAAUGGUGUGGUUGACUACAUGCCGCAGUCACAAGGUCCUGGAUGUAAGCGCAUCCCGGCCUAUACUCCUGGAGUUGCUUCAGGAGCUCCAGCCGGGACCUUGCCGCCAACGGAAGGGCGCGCGGUUUUUCCCAUAGGCGUUCUGAGAGUUUCGAGCAACAUGGUGGCGGGCGCACCAAUGCAGGGCUUCAAAGUGGUCAUCCGAGAUAUCGGCCUGCAUAUGUCCAACCGCGUCACGGACUACAGCAAGGAGGAUGCUGGGCUAUGCCGCGGAGCACUAGAAGCGCAGAGAGGACCAGUCGUGUCCCCGAUGAAGACCGAAUUCUCCUCGGUGCAGGAAUUUCUGGAGUCAUCGCAGUUUGUGCAAAUUGCUACGCUCAAUUUUCUGGAUGCAUUCUUGCGGACCCGUUCGCAUGUGGUGGCGCCUUCAGACGCGUUCACGGCCGUUGAGCUCUGGAUGGGAAUCGUGCACGUGUAUACGUGCCACGAUUCGCUCAGUACCUGCCAGGCAUUGUUGGGAGAGUGGUGGGCGUUGGUAAGCGAAGUCCGCCCAACGGAUGUCAGCAACACCAACUCACUCGCCCCCAAGCGUCAAGCGGGGCGAGUAUCUCAUGGCGAAGCCAAGCAGAGCGCCCCCAAAUCUUUGCUGGAUGGUGUGGAACAAGACGCCUUCCUGCCUGGGAGCAGCAGAGGAUCUUCCGGGGUUGCACAAGGCAGACCUCCCCCUGGUUUGAUGGACAGCCCUGGGUAUCCAGGCCAACCUCGCAAGCAGUCUCUCGUGAUCGAGGACUUCUAUUGCUUGUCUGUCGACCCCCCGCCCCCCCAGACGGGACCCUCGGCUCUCCAGGUAGAUGCGCUCGACGACGAUUCUCUCAACUCUCCUCCACUACCUGGCGAAGGCUCAUCUUUCCUUUCGGAGGGCGAGGGACCAGCUCAGUGGCUGGCCGCUCCUAAGAUCGACCAAGAUCAUGGCGAAGGCCUUUCCAUGGAGUUGGCUGAUGACACUUCCGACUCCGAGUGUGAAGAGGAAGGUGAGGUGAAAGCGGCGGAAUCUGGUCCGCUCCAACCAGUUGCACGGCGAAGCAACUUCGGCUUCAGCUUGCUUGCACCGAUCGAGAUUGAGUUGGAGGAUCGGCACGACGCUGGAAUCUCAGAGGAGAAAGACUCAGUGAAUCUGGAAGAGCAAGGAGUAGUAACGCCGGCUUCUUUUUCGCCCGAACGAGGAGACUUAAGGUCAGCGAGGGCUGAUUCCUCGAGUCAGGAGGAAGGCGAUGGGGUCCUUUCUCCUCGAAAAUUUGCCGAAGACGAACAGGAGCUUGGCGCGCUGGAUAUGCCGGUGAACAUACCUCCGGUGCCAGGGAUGUUCCCUCGCCAAAGCUCUUUACCGCUCGGGGAGCAAGAAACGUUUCCCACCCAGGCUGAACGCGGUUCAGCUGGUAGCGUGCCGGAGGCUGUUCAUGGUGAACCAGCGGUGGAGAUCAGCGCUCCCAUCAGGACGGGGCCUGUGCAAGGCGAGCAGGAGGCCCGGUGGCUAGGCCGGGAUCGAGAAACUUCAAGUGAGAGCAGCGGGGUGCGAGGCGUAGGAACAAGCUUUUCCUCCCACCAAACCGAAGACUUUCGCAUCUACCCACACUACGUUCCUAUUCCCACCACCGCGGAAGCGACGUCCUUGCCGUUCUUGUCCGGUGACCCUCUACUGGCAUUGGGGCACGGGCUUGAGAAACAUGCCGACGGAGAACCCGACGCAGAAGGGUCUGAGCGGAUAGACCAGAAGCUGCAAUUUCAACUUGCGAUUCACGACCUGUCGAUUUGCUGGCGACUCUUCAAGGGGAGGGACUGGGUAGAGAGGAAUACGAGCGAAGACGAUCGGACUCCGCACGCAGGAAGCAGCGCGGGUCGACGCCACCAGAGAGUAUCGACCAGAAAGAUGGACGACCCGGCUGAGGGAAAAGGCCGCCGCCGCGAACACGCGAACGACGGCGCCGACACGUCCUCGACGGCAGGCGGAGGGACGAAGCCCCGAAAAGCGGAAUUGCUUGACGCCCUGCUUGAGAACUAUCAGGAUGAAAAAGGAGGGCGUGGCGAGGCCCAGGCAGGGCGUCGUGCGUCACGCCAGCCGAAGGUCAAGCUCUUGAACCUCCCCCGAGAGUCUGGAGGAUCAAGCCGAUCUGGAAGGCGCACAGGACGGGACACUUCUUGCAUGGUCGAGGUUGUUCUUGAGAAUUCCAGUCUCCGAUUGGACAACUUCCACCCAGGGCCUCCAACGAGUCUGCUGUCGAACCUUCUCUUUAGCAUCAAGGACCUGCACGCGUCGGACACGCUUACUAGUAGCCGCCCGCGCAAGACCCUGCAUCACUGGAGAGACGACCGCCGCCACCCACGAGAAUUCCAGCACAAGAUGGUGACCGUUCGUAUGACGACACGGAGUCCGUCGGACCACUUUUGCCCAGAAGAUGCUCCCCUGGGAGACGAGGUCAUGCUGAAGGUCCGACUGUUGCCGAUACAUCUUUCAUUCGGACAGCACACGGUGGACUUCUUUCGCUCUUUUUCCCCCGAAGUGCAAUCAUCUCCGACUGUACACGAGAAACAGGCGGUGGGGGACGACCCUACGGCUGCGGCCGAAAUGGGAGCUGGGCCGCUCUUCAUAUCGUGCUGCGAUGUUGGCUCUUUCAAGGUCAAAAUUGACUACCAACCACGCACGAUCAAGGUGGCGGCUCUGCAGAACGGAGACUACAUGGAGCUACUGAACUUGUUUCCUCUCGAGGGAGUGCAUCUUACGCUCCAAAAGGUCGUCCUCACCGGCGUUUCGGGAUGGAAUGGUGUCACCCAACUCCUUGUUCAGUCGUGGGUGCAAGACAUCACCACCAACCAACUGCACAAGUUCCUUGCCGGCACUACGGCCGUCCGCCCGCUGGUUACCAUGGGCAAGGGUGUGGCCGACCUCGUACUUCUGCCCGUGCAGCAGUAUCGGCGCGACGGGCGAGUGUUGCGGGGCUUGCGGAAGGGCACCCAGUCUUUCCUUCGAGCGAUCACGAUCGAAACUCUGCACACUUCGCACCGCGUCGCGAGCUUUGUCAGCCGUACCCUGGACGAUAUCGUCGCCCAGCCGGGCGCUCAGGCGUCGCUACGAGGCCUGGAGUACUACGAUGAACAGCCGACCGGGGUUAUUGAUAGCCUCGAGCACGCGUACGAUACGCUUGCGAAGGAGGUGCAGGUCGCAGCACAGACCAUCAUCGCCAUUCCUUACGAGGAUCAGGAGGAGGUGGUAGGGCCGCAUGGGAGGUCGUACGUGCGCUCCGUUGCGCGAGCGCUUCCAGUUGCGGUAUUGCGACCAGUUGUUGGUGCGAGCGAGGCGGUGUCUUGCACCUUGCUAGGAUUCCGGAACUACAUGGCACCCGUUAUGCGGAAAGAGGAAGAGAUGAGGUGGUCAUAGUAAAUGUAGAGCAAAGGGCAAAGCUGUCGGCGAGGUCGGUGCACACGGGCGGUUGGUUUGUAUUUCCUUGGCCUGGUGCUGCGGUAGCUGUCGUUUGAGGCAGUCGCGCAUUGUCAGGACCCUUUCCUAGAUACAGAUACAGAGGCCCCCCGAAAAAUUGCUCUCUGUCACUUGGGUCACUCGGACGGUGUGGAGGGAGCAUCACGUAGCAGCAGUCCAUGCUCGUGCGUUGUAGAUAGGUUUUCGGUGCAUGUAAAGUCAACAGCGUGGCACGUGUGUAGGAAGGACCAUGUAGUAUAUUCGGGUCUGUUGAGUUCGUUCGUGUCCAGGCAAUCUUCGCUUGGCUUGGAGGAAGCUGCGAGUUUUGGUUGUAUUUCCACGUGCCUAUACGUGAGGUGAAACGAGACAUCGAUUUGUCGUCGAAAUAGCCACCAACCCAAGCGGCGCAGAUUGACAAUCCUCCUCCUCAAACGCCUUGUUUUGGAGCCUGAAGGGACCUUGCAUUCGCACAUCUAGGCCGCAAGAAAAUUGGAACAUAAGAGUAGAUGGCGCCCGCCAACAGCGUCUAUUCCGUACCUACUACUACCGUAGGCCUUUCUUUGACUCCAGUGCUAGGUUUUACCUUGUUUGGUGUGCUGUAGAUAGCUCGUUUGGAGCAGGUAGGUAAAUCCUUUUUGACGAAGCUUGCUGCCGACGCCAAGUAUGAAGGAGCAACAAGAUCCGAUCUGAGAUGUGGGUAUGUACAAGAAGAGGGUUAGGUUGCGCUCUUGAUCCACGGUCGUGUAGAAAUGGGAUGAUGUUGUCGUUAUUCGGAGAAAAAGCUGGGCCAUGUAGGUAGGGAUAUGGGGGUUCACUCCUACCUUCCGGCCAUUUCACGAUCCACAUCCUGCUUUCUUCUCGAAGGCAAACCCUUGCGC